AUGGCGCGAUUAAGCCCAUUCGCCGGCGAAGCUGGCUUUAUAUUAGAAAUGAGCCGCGGCCCGGGGCUGGGACAUUUCUUUUUAUUUGGUGGCUGCAGUCUGUCUGUCUGUCUGUCUACCUGUCGCCGCUACCAAUAUGAAACGAGGUGGCGGUGUCUCACUCCGGGAAUACGGCGGGGGAUUAAAAUCAUGUCAGACUUUUAUUUUAUUGAACAAUCUUGUUUUAUUCGAAAUAUGGCGGAUGGUGUAUUGUCAGUUGAGGUAAUCUUUUUGUUGGAUCUCAAUAAUUAA